UGGAACCCGACAGUUCAGUGGCAAAAUGGCAUCUUAAUUUGAAAAUGUGAGCGAGCUCAUCAUGAGGGUGUCGUCUGAGUUAUAUUUUACUGCCCAAGUUCCUUCGAUGCAUCUACUGCUGUACAUUUUACGCUGUAUCAUCACAAAUAUUUCCUCGAUGUACCUCUUGGUACUACACAGAUAUCGACGAGUGAUAUGUUUGGCGGAGUGGAGGAUUAUAAGGUAGUUUCGCUCAUAAAAAAUGCUUCACCACCAUCUGUAGUGGCGAAACUCAAGAUAUGGCACUCGGAGAACACCGGCUUAACCAAGUACCCAACGGAACUUUUCCAGGUUACUUCUAAGGUUGCGAUACCGUCAUUCAGGAGAAAUAGGAUGUCUGAGGUGAAGAAGAUGAUAGAUACACUUGCAGAGUUCCUUCCCGCCGCCAACAUUGCGUGGAAUUUCCUAUCAGUCAGAAUUAAUCUAUUACGGAGGGAACGGGGUGCAGAUCCGCUUGUCAUCAAAUUGUAUGAGACUAUGCUAUCGACUUAUGAGCAUGCUAGCCGCUAUGAAGUCUUGCAGAAUCACCGGAACCUCCAGCAUGUUUACGAGGCACUUUUCAAGCAGACUAAUGAAUGCACUUUCUUCAUAAUGGAGUACACGAAGGGGCAUGUCGGUGGGCAUAGAGUACUUGAUCCACGUGCUGCACCACGACAUCUCUUGGGCGGACAAUUAUCAAAAAAGGUCGCCGAAUUUGGAGCCAAAUUUCAGUACCUAACUAAGCAGUUGCGUUCCUCAUCAAGUGAUGCCCUCGUCUUGGCUUGGGGGGCGGCAGAGGCGGUGAAUGUGCCCGCCAUGCGACAGUCGCUCCUAAGUCUGCGACCGCCAACCCAAUUGCAUCCUAAAUCGGCCUGCUUGCAUGGCACACGCGUUCAAAUAAUCAGCGAUGUUAUGGAUUGGAUCACUGAUUGCAGCAGCAGUACGUUAUGGUGCACAGGAGUGGCUGGGACUGGAAAGAGCGCGAUUAUGGAGACGCUCCGUCAACUCUUCAAUUCGUCUGCAUUCGGACGUGAUCGUCUGGGCAGCUUCAUCCGCUACGAUCGCCUUGAAUACACUGAUUCAUCGAAACUCAUCACCAGUAUCGCAUAUUCACUUGCCCUUUUCGAUGGGAGGAUUGGACGUGCCAUUUCCCAGGCCGUUCACAAGAUCGGUCCUGUUUUGCCGCCGUCUCCACGGGUCCAGUUUGACCGGCUGCUUCGCGAACCGCUACGGAGUAUCCCAGAAUUGCUUGGUGAAGGCCCUGUGGUUGUCAUCAUCGAUGGUCUGGAUGAAAGUGAUGCAUCGGAUGAUAUCCUCAGAGUUCUCGCCGAAGGAUUUGGGUCAGCAUUACCUUUCAUGCGACUAAUUGUGUCUAGUAGGUCUCUCGAGCGCGUCUCUGCUAUAUUUGCCCAUACCAGCAGUAUCGUGCCGCUCACUUUGGACACUUCAUCAAAGCAGGUCUAUAGCGACAUCCGAACUUACAUUGGACGCCAAUUUACCAAUAUCUACACUAGGGACCUGAAGGGCUAUGAAGCAAGAAGGUUUCAGGAGUUGUGUGCAGGCCUUGAUGCCGUCGAGAAGUUAACUCGACGGGCGAAUGGCUUGUUUAUUUGGGCCGAAGCCGUUUGCCGAUUCAUUGCCGAUUUUCCGAGCAAACCCAGGCUUAACGCGCUGCUGGGAGAUCAUAUCCCCCAUGAAGUCACGCAACCUAUGACGGAUCUCUAUCAGACAGCUCUUGAUGCCAUAACGUCUGAUAGGCAUCCAAAUAGCGAGAGCAUUCGAAUCAAGUACUGCGUUCGUGCUCUAUUGGGAGCCAUCAUUGUUGCAGAAACACCUCCGGGUUUGACUCCGGAGAGUUUUCAUGCUCUCAUUUUUGAUGGAGACGACACCCUAGGUCAUUGUGCCCUCUCAAAUGCGGCUAGUGUUGUAGAGUUGACAUCCGAGAAGGGGCGUAUUCAGCUCAUGCAUACGUCCUUCAAAGAAUUUCUACUGGACCCGCAGAGACACAGAGACGACUGGUUUAUAGAUAUUCGACUCCAUGAGAGGAACCUUGCCCGACGGUGUCUCUCCCUCUUGAACACGUUCUUCAGUUCCUGGGGUCCCUCAACCAACAAAUCCCGCAAUCGUGUACCUGCUUAUAUCCGCGAUUAUGCGAUAUUAGGACCCCUGUGGCAUGUCCAUUGUUUCGGUGCUGCUGACUCCGGUCAUAUCCGAACACUCUUUAAUAAACACUUUCUAUCAUGGAUGGAGGUAAUCAUCAAGCUUGGCAGCUGGUAUCUAGAAUUGUUUCUGAGUUCGAUGUUCGGCGCAAUGACACGGGUGCAAGAGUCGUCAGGAGCAAACAGGGAUAUAUAUUGCAGCGUCUAUGAUGGCGCUGAAGCUGCUGAGAUGAUUGUUUCGGAUCUGCUCCAGCGUGGGUCCAUCAUGUCGUACGGUCUGCGUCCGGCAAAUAUCUAUUCUUCCCUUGGCCAUCUGCCACCGCACAACGCCAUUCGCAAUGCAUGGGAUUCGAAGCAAAAAACUGGUGGAUCAGCUGAAGUUGCAUUCAACAAUGGCCAACUGCGAAAGGAAGUCUUUCCGACUAAACGAGGUCGUGAAACGCUAUGGCGACUACGAAAUCUGCAGGAACCAAGGGGCUUCCGGCCCGUUGUUCCGGAACAUUGGUUGGAGCUCACGAUGCCGAUACAUGUUACGCUAAGGGAGAUGAGACCUGUUGUUCAAGUCGUAGACAGGAAACCUGCUACUCAAGUCGUAUACCGGAAGCUUGUUGCCCAAGCCGUAGACAAGGAACGGUCAGACACCAUAAAGAAAGUCCCAGAAUAUUUUUACUGACGUCCAGAUUGUCAGGUAUAUCCGAGGUUCGUGACAAAUUCAGAGGUCGAGCACUACGAUGAGUCUCAUAUGCUUUAUCUGGAAGCGAGGAUCGCACGAGAGCCGGUCAAGGCGAUCACCAAGCCCAAUCAGCGUCCCGGUACAAUUGUAACUGCACUGGAUUCACUGGAACCCUUGAAGAAAAUGAUCGAUAUGCUAGCCGAGGUCCAUCCUGCCGCCAAAAUUGCGUUCAAUAUUGUGUCCACCGAAUUCAAU